AUGGCCACGACCGACUCGAGCAAUGGGCCGCAGUUGUUGCAGCAAGCGGAAAAGAUUUUGCUGCGCCCGAUACAUCCACAUCUCAUCUCGUACUGCCCUACCAUGGAUCUCAUAGCGCUGGUCACCGAUGAGGAGAGCCUCGACGUCUACCGAAUUAAUGGUCAAAGAGCGUUUGGAUUGAAAAGGAAGAAUGAGGAUUUGCGCGUUGAUGCGCUGCAGUGGGAGUUCAACGGCAAGAGCAUUGCUGUCAGUUGGAGCGAUGGAAGCACGGACUUGGUGAGUGCCGAGACAGGGAAGGUUACACACAAGGACGUCAUGUUGCCGGAAGUCGAGGGCGCCACUAGUAGCAUGGUAGAAGAUGAGAAUCCAGCUAGGGUAAGGUGUAUAGGCUGGGGCCUGAACUUCAUCAAUGUGGAGACUGUGAAGAAGCGCACCGGCUUGAAACCGAGAAAUGCCAACGGCGUUAGGCCUGCGAAGACUGAUGUCUUUGGCAAUCCGACGACGGAGGAAUGGGAUGCGUUCAAGGAUGAUACCACGCUGGAGGACUUUCUGCAGCGACAGCCGGACUUCCAGACCUUGGAUAUCGCGCCUGACCUACCGGAUCAGCUUGCUAUGAUGGAUAUGGAAUCGGUGCUACCUAAACUUCCCGCAAUUCCCCUUGCACCAGCAUUACCCUUCAUGCGUGUCUCACAGGCGGAUACUGGAGCUUUCAGUUCGCAAGCUGAGGUGGACUCGCUUCUGCAUUCGCAUCAUCUGAAAGACCACAACUCUGUCGACAUGUUCAUUCGACUGACCGACCGUGGAGCCGUCCACCCCUCGAUAUACGACUCGCUCGAAACAGUCAACGUCCAGCUCCCGAGAUCCUGGAACAUGUCGAGCACGCCAAUACUACAUACAAGUCAUCCGUACAGCUGUACACACAGCCUCCUGAUGCAGACGUCAUCGACCACCUCGCCACAAAGGAAGAGCAUCGCCUAUAUCCCUCUGACACUGAAUUUCAUCCCUUCUGCAGGCAUCUAUCUGCAUCUCAUUGCAGCAAAGACAUCACAACUACAGAACCUGCUCCUGUACAUCACCCAGACCCUCCAACGCGUCCGCGCUUUCUUCAAGCACGCGCAAGACCUGCCCCGAAAAUUCAUGAUGAACAUUAGCGAAACACUCGAAGAGAAGGAACUAGGCGAUCUUGUCACAAACCUCUUCCACACAGCAUGCACAGGAAAUUGCAACCCAGUCCUCAAAGAAUGGCUUGUGGACGAAUUGGCAGAAGCAGGACACAAGCGCUGGGACAACACCGUUACUUCCUCUUUCACCACGCUUCUUGCUCUGCUUCACGAGAACCUCAUCCCGGCACUCGACCGUUGCUCAAUUGUCAUUUCGCGUCUGCGUGGACUUGCGCAGUUCCAUGAUCGAGAUUGGAUUUUCAGCGGACCAAUGACGGACUUCUCGUCGCUGUUGGAGACGCUCAAGAAUAUGCGAUUACUAGCCCACACAGCCAUGUUGUACGCAUCGGAAGAGAAGAGACAGUUUCAUAGCUUCAGUAAAUGGCUCAGAUUCACCAUUGACUUUGAGGCUACGGAGUUGGACUCGCAGUCUAGAGCUGAGAUGGAACAGCGCGAUCCUGGGGUCGAUGUCUCGCAGGUACUGGCGUAUAUCCAGUAUGGGCUUACCAAGUCGGAUGUUACGCCGUUUCUCAGACCAGAGGCGCAGUUGGAUGGUAAAGCGAAGGGGAGGGAGGAAGCGAGCUAUGAUGAUACGAAAAAGGCUAUCGAGUUGCUGAAAGAAGGUGCGACGUUCAAAGAGGAAGCGUUGUGCCUGGAACAUGUUCUUGGACAUUUGAGCACGGGGGUUACGGGACUGCUGAAGCAGAUUAGCAGGUGGCAGGAAGCCAACAUCCAGAUGAACUCUGGUGUUGUUCUCGAAAAGAUUGAUGAUGCCGGGGAGAUGGGUGUACUGGAUAUGGGGAUGGUGUUUGAGCCAUCAUCGACCUCAGAUAGCAUCAGCACCUACAUCGCCCUCUCAUCCCCUUCAUCACCAACUCUUUUACACAUUCACCGCAUUUCACACGCACAGAGUAUAUCCAACCUACAGCGAGACAUACACGCCUACGCCAUCUCCACCCUCGACUUCUCUUCCGCCUCUCAGUCGACCAAAGACAUCAAGAUACUCGACGCAAAGUUCGCAGACGACGCCUGCCUUCUCAUCCUCUUGCAGCUUCCCUCAGAGGACAAAACGCUAUCAAACGUCAUCGCCUCCCUACCGUACACACCCGCCGCCAAUGAUAUACCUCACCAACACCCUCUUAUCACCUACACCCCUCUUCCGCAGUCUUCGCUACAGCAACAUUUUCUCCCACAAGGCACACCGCCGCCGUCACUACGGAAUAAGAUACUUGUAACGCGAGAUUUGGUUCAGAAGCACACGCAACAUGUGUUUGAAGGCCGGUUCACUCCGAUGAAGUUGGUUGUGAAUGGCAGGAAGGGUAGGAGAGUGAUUGUUGUGUUGGGCGAUGAUAGGAAACACUAUCGUGUGUUGGACAUGGACUAUAGGAUGAAGAAGGAGAAGGAAGACGGGGAUGAGGGUAGUGGAACUGGGACUGAGAGCGAAGCGGAGGACAGAGAUGGCGAUGUGGAGAUGGGUGGAGCGUGA